UUUGCUUCUCAAGGAAAAGCGAGCCGAUGGUUUGGUGUUACACCAUCUAAAUCUGUGAAGAUGAACAUGAAUAUUCUUCAUCAAGAGGAACUGAUAGCACAAAAGAAGAAAGAAAUUGAGGCCAAAAUGGAGCAGCAAGCAAAACAGAAUCACCUAGUCAGCCAACACCCCCCUCGCUUUUAUGAAGAUGAAAGUGGUGAGAAUGAAGCCUCUGUUUCCAACAAGUUUGCCAAUGAUGGCAGCUUUCUCCAGCAGUUUCUUAAGCUGCAGAAAGAAAAAUCAAGUACUGAAGCUUCUCCAAGUUCUGCCAACAUUUCUGCAAACACCUCUUCCUCAAGCACUGGCAAGAAACCCAUCCUCAUCGGGAAACGUCACAGCUUGGCCACGAGCAGCAUGUUGAACCAAGUGAAGAAUUACUCCCAUUCCAAACAGAUGCCAGUUGCUAACCGCCUAAGUGUGUUUCAGUCGCCAGAUGAUGAUGAUGAGGAGGAUUAUGAACAGUGGUUGGAAAUCAAAAUUUUACCCCCAGAGGAUGCAGAGACCCGGAAAGUGGUGGAAAAGCUGGCUAGGUUCGUAGCCGAAGGGGGACCAGAAUUAGAAAAGCUCGCUAUGGAAGACUACAAGGAUAAUCCAGCAUUUUCAUUUUUACAUGAUAAGAACAGCAGGGAAUUCCUCUACUACAGAAAGAAAAUAGCAGAGGUGAAAAAAGAGAAUCAGACUUCACAGACAACCUCUUGUCAGAAAGUUUCACCCCCAGAGGAUGAAGAGACCAAGAACUUUGCGGAGAAGCUGGCCAGGUUCAUAGCAGACGGGGGUCCAGAGGUGGAAGCUAUCGCCUUGCAGAACAAUCGGGAGAACCAUGCUUUCAGGUUUUUAUAUGAGCCAAACAGCAAAGGCUACAAAUAUUACCGGCAGAAGCUGGAGGAGUUCCGUAAGGCCAAGACCAGCUCCAUAGGGAUGCCUUUUGUGCCGGAAACCAAUCUGAAACACAAGAGCGUUGCUGAGGCCACACCAUCGUCAUCCACUCCAGCUGCCUCUAAACAGCCAGCUGCAGCUGCUCCUAAAAAGAAGAGGAAGAGCAGAUGGGGGCCGGAAGAGGAAAAGGUUGACUUGCCUCCACCAGAGCUUGCCCAACAGGAGCUGAACUCUUCUCCCUCCCCUUUGUCAGUUCAGGACCUCAAGGGUCUUGGUUAUGAGAAAGGGAAACCGGUUGGACUUGUGGGUGUGACUGAGCUCUCUGAUGCCCAGAAGAAACAGCUGAAGGAGCAGCAGGAGAUGCAGCAGAUGUACGACAUGAUCAUGAAACACAAGCGAGCAAUGCAGGAAAUGCAGGUGAUGUGGGAAAAGGCAGUUCAGCAGCACCAGCACGACUACGACAGUGAUGAGGAGGUAGACAAUGAACUGGGGACAUGGGAACAUCAGCUUCGGCGCAUGGAAAUGGACAAGACACGAGAAUGGGCCGAGCAGCUGACUCAGAUGGGCAGAGGGAAGCAUUUCAUCGGAGACUUCCUGCCACCUGAUGAGCUGGAGAAAUUCAUGGAGACAUUCAAGGCACUAAAGGAAGGUCGCGAACCAGAUUAUUCUGAGUACAAGGAAUUCAAACUGACUGUGGAGAAUAUAGGCUACCAAAUGCUGAUGAAGAUGGGUUGGAAGGAGGGUGAUGGGCUUGGCUCCGACGGACAGGGCAUUAAAAAUCCUGUCAGCAAGGGUACCACUGCAGUGGAUGGCGCUGGAUUUGGGAUCGAUCGUCCCGCAGAGCUGUCAAAGGAGGAUGACGAGUAUGAGGCAUUCCGUAAAAGAAUGAUGUUGGCCUACAGGUUCCGACCCAACCCUUUGAACAAUCCGAGACGACCUUACUACUGAUAGUGUUUUCAGGACAAAGUAUUUUCAAAACCAUUGUAAUUUUACUGUGAAAUGUUACAGAACUGCGUCAUCUUUUUUUUUCCCGCAAAUUUUGUAAAAUCGAUUAGUCACGAUGACAUCCUUCGCCCAGAACAAAGGCCUUGAAGCCCACUCACUGCACAUUUGAGUGCCAUGACAACUGCUUCGUAACAAAGGCCUGGGAUGGUAUUCAAAAAGGAGACCAGAGCAGGUGAGAAUGGGGGUUUGUAUAUGGUGCCCUCCUGCACAGAAGAGUAGCACCAAAGAUAUUAGUGGGAAUAGUUCAGGGACUCCAUUUGUUUAUUGCGCAGUGCCAUGUUACUUGCCAAGAAAUACAUUGCUUGUAUUUUUUGCAUCCACUCUUCAGAUAUGCUGCCAUGGCUGUAGCUUUGUUAAAAAUGUAUGAGACAGGCCCCUUACCCCCAAAAGGUGAGUAUCAGGUAGUUGAUUAGCCUGUUCCCCUGACGAUCUGACUUCAAACCUGUAUUAAGUCACAAGUGGGAGGAGUCUGGCCUCCAGGUAAAAGUGCAAAACUGGUGCCUCUUUGUUUUCUCUCUGUUUGGUGCAAGACACAGUCUGGAGCAAUGCACGAGGCGGCAUUGUGUGGGAUUGAGGCCAGCUGGGAAAACCUGCCCAAUGCUAGUUCCAUCAGUCCCUCACUUUCCUGAACACUAAAUUCACAUACAACCUUCAGCAAAACAAGAGGCCCCUGGAUCCUUUCUGUGGAUGUGGGUGGUAGAGAGCCAGGCCUCCAAACCCCAGUUACUAAAGGACAAUGAAUUUAUAUUGGUCUGUGACAUACGGCUGCAAAGCAAUUCUCCUCUGGCUGUAAACAAACCUGGCUGCCCCCCAGCUUUUUAUCACAGACUGAUCAGAACCAGUGGCCUUGCCACAGGGUUUUGUGGAUGAAAAUAAAGCUGCAUGGUAUCCUGUCAGAGCAUCUCAAACUGUACGAUCCUCCCCCCUUGUUUGUUGUUUGCCCCUUCUCCCCUGCCAGGAUACCAACAUCUUGCCGUUUUAAUGUGUGAGAUUCACUUUUUUUGUUAACCCUUCUCAAUGAUGUAGAGUUAAUGGCUUGGCUUUCAAUAAAAA